AUGGCGCUCGGAAAUCCUUCUUCGACCAUCCCGGAGGUUGGGAUUUUCAAGGCCAAGAGCCGACUUUGCUUCGCCGGAAGCGUCUUGACGUUGCUCGGCUUGGUCCUCGUGAUCUCGAGGUCCCCUCGGGUUGCGACCGAGGGCGCCGAUGAGAGGAGAUUGUCGGAGGUCACCGAGCCGCAGCUUGCCAGCUCUGGUUGCUGCCGCUUCGCCAAGGAGUUCGAAGGCGUGGAUUGGCACAACCCACAGACCCGGGCCGAGUUCAUGGCGAACGUGAUGUACAUGGAGCGCCGCUUUCUUGGAGGAGCAUCGAAGCUUGCUUUCGAUCCCGACACCGGCAUGACCUAUGACGGCGUCGGUCUGGACCACCACACUGGCGAGGUCCAGCAUGGAAGUCUUCGAACUUUCUCGGCGCCAUCAAAAGAGGCUUUGCAUUUGAGCCUGCUUGCUUUGGCCCUUCAGCCCGUCGAGGACGUGCCGAAGCAGCUGGCCACGGUGCUGCCUUUGCUUUACAGCACGGAUGAGGCGCUGGAUAUCCUGGAGAAGAAGGCCAAAUCCAUGGAAGACUUUGAUGCCAACUUCCCAGGUUUUGGGGGCUUCCUGCCCUGGUUCUGCUCUCGUGGCAUCAAUAAGGCAGGGCACUGCAAGACCCGAGAGGAGCCCGGAGCCAGGAUGACGCCACUGUCCGGCUGGGAGAGGACCCUGCCAGGUCUGGAUAAUGGCCAGCUUGCAUUUGGCACUGCUGCCGUGGUACAUGUUCUGGAACGCCGUGCUAAACAGGAAGGCGCCUCCAGUCGCUUUGCAAAGAUAGCCCGUCGCUGGAACGCUCGCUUGGAGCGGAUGAAGGCAUCCGUUGUCAACUUGUUCUACAACGGAGCCGGAUUGGUGCGCAUGGUCAGUGAGCUCGACAACAUCACCGUCGAUAUUGCAAAGAAUGCCUCCAAUGCUCACAAUGAAAACGGUUUAUACCUUUGGGAUGCUUUCGAAGGGGAGAUGAUUGUUCUCUUCAUGGACAUCUUCGGAAACUGGACUAAGUAUGCAAACAGUGGUGAGGAGGACAAGAAGCUGAUGUGGAAGAUCAAGGCAGAGCACGUCGAGCCUGUCGUGUAUAAAGCCGCCGACAACACGAAGAUGGUUCUGCAGAAAGGGUAUUGGUUCUCAGCCCAUGAACAGUGGAAGACCUUGCAGCUCCCCUACAUGGACAUCCCGUUGGUGAAACACCUCUUUGCAAACGGUGAGUUCGCACGCUUGGAGAAUUCCGUGCAGCAGCAACUGCCAGGCCUCAUGGCAUCGGUCAAUGCACCCACUGGUGUGCAGUGUGACGCUCACCCCUAUUGCAGCGCUGUGGGAAUCCAGUCCUUGGCGGAGGAGCCAGUCUUCAAUUUCAAGGAGUCAGAGACCGUCCUUACCCCCUAUGCCGCUUUCCCUUCGAUUUUGGUGGAUCCAGCUGCUGGACUUGCAUGGUACAACCAUAUGCUGGCCAUGCCUCGGGUGCAAACACGCGUUGGCAGCAUUGAGUCCUUCACAACCACUGGGAAAGCCGUUGCCCCCAUGGCGACGUGGGAUGCCAAAGUUACCACCGUCUUGGCCAUGCUGGGAGGUACCGGGCCCCUUCUCCACACUUACAUGGAGGAGCAGGGAGUCUACGGCAUCUUCGAAGAUCGUGUGAAGUCCAUGUACGAGCCGGUUUUCAAGCCGGUCAUUGCAUCCGUGAUGCCUAACAAAGCCUCCGUCGACAUGCAUAUCACGCAGCUGCCGACGCUGCCUUGGCCGGCACCUCAUCCCGCAAGCAAGGAGUCCGUGCCGGAGGACUUUCCCAGCUGCCGCUGCGUUCAGCACAAGAGCAUGCCAGGUUUCCUGCAGCCGAAGAAUCCUUAG